AUGCAUCCACCAGCUUUCGAUCAAGACGUACAGGAGGCGAGCGCGAGGGGCGGAGCCUGCCCGGCGAGAGCGGGGGACGCGCGGCGUGACUGCCCAGGAGAAAGGAAGGCGCUCCAGUUCCGGGUCAGGCCCUUCGCCCUCCUCCCUCGGCCUCCAGCCUCCGGCAGGGCGAGUAGCAACGGCGCCGGGGCGGCGGCGGCGAAUCUGAAUGCGGUGAGGGAGACCAUGGAGAAAUCUCUGCUUGAGAUUUCAAGAGUUUUGAAUACUGGAUUAGAUAUGGAAACUCUGUCUAUAUGUGUACGGCUCUGUGAACAAGGAAUUAACCCAGAAGCUUUAUCACCAGUUAUUAAGGAACUUCGCAAGGCCGCCGAAGCAUUAAAGGCUGCUGAAAAUAUGACGAGCUGACUUUCUGAAGAAAUCCUGAUGAGAUAUGUUAAGCUCUGCAGGAGGAUUGAAGAUUGCAUUGUAGUUAAGAAUGUACAAUGAAAUCACUGCAUGUAGCAAUGUGGAAACAUUGUCCUUUUUAAAAGGAUGAUAAAACCAUAGCUUUAUAAAUCAGUGGAAAGUGGCUUACGGAGAAAACUAUCAGUUGUGUUUACACCACAUCUUUUUUUUUUUUUUAACAGUUCUAAUGCUUUGGCACUGCUGUGUUCAUAUUUAUGUAUUCCUUAUUUAUAGCUCUGAUAGCUUUAAUUUUCUAAGCAGUCUGUCUAUCAGAUGUGCACAUCUGCUGUGCCUGGUUGAAGUAUA